CGCAUACAGUGAGUGGAAUGUGCCCAGCCGCAUGAGGAUCCUGCUAAGCGAACUGGGACUGUCGGGCGCGUGCCUCGGCCUGACCCUGGAGCCGCGCGCCACCCCGCUGGACCCCGACAAGCCUGCGCCAGGUCAGCGCCCGCAACACUCCGCAAGACCCACUACUUCUGUGUUUAUUUUCGCUUUCGUUGUGUAGAACCUCUGGGUGUUGUAGACUCUGUGUGGAACUGUCGUGACGAUGGCCAUCGGCUAGAAUGCGAGGUGCGUUGCUGACGCCCUCCAGCCAACACUGCGGCCUUAGACAAUUCCAACACACACGGCCGAGCGCUAUAGAGCCGCGCUCGCCAAGCGCUCUAUCGUCCAACUCCUCCAGCAUGCUACUGCUGCAGACACACAGCAACUACGGUACGUCCUUCACUGAUUUGUUGUCGCCGCAAUACCAAGAAGAUUCUUCUGAGAUUUUAGAAGAAAACCUCGAUCCGUUCCCCGACGUUGAGUUUCACGCUCCUAUCCCUCCAGAAGUUAAAUCACAGCGUACUACGCCCGUAAGCGAAACCCCAUCACCAACUCUUGCCCCAGCAUUGCCUAGCUUUGAAGAAACUUAUUCAGUUCGAUAUCCUAAACAAGAAAUGGCAGAAUUUGGAAUAAAGAUGGAUGAAGACUGUUACAACGUCAGUGCAUAUUCUCAUCAAGGGCAUGCAUCGACGCAAUUAUUAUACCAGUAUCAUCAACCAGCGAUUCCCUAUGUUCCGGCCCCUUAUUACGCACCAGCACAACCAUGCAGCCCGACAUUCGAUACAGGAGGUGUACCUCAAACCCAGGAUUCAUAUUCUUUACCUCCGUUUCCCAGUUCAGUUGACCUACAUGUUUCUACUGACCAAGCCUCGCGACAGAGAAGGGCUUCGUUGCCUGUUCAACGAUCUGAAUCCAGCAGCUCCAAUGAUAGCCCUAAAUUACAUGGAAGGGUGCACUGCAUGCAGGCGUCAGCGCCCAGUUCAGCGUCGAGUUCACCAGGAGGCCCACCGCCUGAAACUAGUGGACCCCGCGCUGCUCCUUCCUCGCCAAGCCAACUUUGUGCGGUAUGCGGUGACACCGCUGCCUGCCAGCACUAUGGAGUCCGCACAUGCGAAGGCUGCAAGGGUUUCUUUAAAAGAACUGUACAAAAGGGAUCUAAAUACGUAUGCUUAGCUGAAAAAUCCUGCCCUGUUGACAAAAGAAGACGAAACAGAUGUCAAUUCUGCCGAUUCCAAAAAUGCCUAGCUGUUGGAAUGGUUAAAGAAGUGGUCAGGACUGAUUCAUUGAAAGGCAGACGGGGCCGACUUCCCUCGAAACCCAAAUGCCCGCAAGAAUCUCCGCCGAGCCCACCCAUUUCAUUGAUUACCGCUCUAGUCCGAGCCCAUGUUGAUACAUCGCCCGAUUUUGCGAAUCUCGAUUAUUCCCAGUAUCGCGAGCCGAAUGCUAUGGAACCACCAGUGUCUGACUCGGAAGUUAUUCAACAGUUCUAUUCCUUGUUAACGACGUCCAUUGAUAUGAUCAAACUUUUCGCGGAAAAAGUACCCGGAUAUAGCGAAUUAUGCCCUGAAGAUCGUGAACAGUUAUUUGCAUCGGCACGGCUAGAGUUAUUCGUGCUGCGACUCGCAUAUCGUACGCGGCCAGAGGAUAGCAAACUGACUUUCUGCAACGGUCUCGUUCUCGACAAGCGCCAGUGCCAACGCUCUUUCGGCGACUGGUUACACGCCGUGCUAGACUUCAGCAACACUCUGCAUUCGAUGGACAUUGAUAUUUCUACAUUUGCGUGCCUUUGCGCACUGACAAUAAUCACAGAGCGACACGGCCUGAAGGAACCACACCGAGUUGAACAAUUACAAAUGAAAAUCAUCGGAUGCCUCCGGGCCCACAUGCCAGGAGGCAAUGCUAGCGCGGGGGUGGCGCCACACUUCAGCCGCGUACUGGGCGCACUACCCGAACUGCGUUCGCUUUCAGUGCAAGGGCUGCAGCGCAUCUUCUACCUGAAGCUCGAGGACCUGGUUCCCGCUCCACCGCUUAUCGAAAACAUGUUCCGCGCAAGCCUGCCAUUUUAAUCAUAUCAUAAAUGUUCCCAGAACUCUAUGUUCGUAAUUUGCAACAGUGUCUACAAUUAAUUGUCGGUCAAAAUCUAUCCACUAGUGUUAAGAUUUUUAUUGUUCGUUCAUUUAUUAAAUUAAAUUCGGAACAGGACGACAAUUAUUCACAGUUGCACGUUACGUAUUAUCCGAGGACCACUCCCGCCUUUAAAUGCGACUUCUACCUAGGACCUUACUCCUUAUUUUUAUAAUCACUUAGCUCGUAAUGAUAUUUUUAUAGAGUAGUUAGAGCUAUAGGAUUCGAUCUCCCACGAAACCUGUUCGUGCUUAUUCUAUCAGUUUCUAUAAUAGUUUAGGCAAAGAAGACAAUCGUUCUAAUGUAAGUCCUAGUGAUUAAGUUUAAUUUAUUGUAGACGUAUACGUGUCGUAUUUGGGUGUGAUUUUGUUGAAAUUUUUGUGUAUUUAGUAGUCUGCAUUUGAGUUACCGCUCGUGAUUUAUGGCAUCUUGUCGUACAAAUAUUCCUACGUAUUAAUUAGUUAAGAAAACUCUAGUCACAAGACUUAGAAAUGUUAAAAGUUUAGCUCGAAUGCACCGAGCUUUUAUAUGAAAAUGUGUUAGGAAAGCUCAGCUAACUUACUACAAGUAACGCAUUUUGAUAUACAUGGAGUGAGUGAGAAGUGUGGACGCCCACUUUUCGAGUGUCUAUUCAAACUGACAAUUUUCGGAAGUUACCUUUUUAGGUUUAAAUUAUUUUAUAAUAAUUUUAGACGCUAGGACGUUGAUGUACUUUGUUAUUAAUAUAGUUAUAUGCGACCUGAGGAAAAGUUCAGCAUCGUUAAUAUAUAUAUUGAAUAAACGUUUAAAAAUCCAACGUGUCUUAUAAAGAGUACCUUUCUAGAUAGGUAGUGUAGACGAUUUCUCAUAUUUUUAUAUAAAGGAUACAUAUUAUAUAUGUAUCAAAACACUGAUAGUAAACAUAUCACUGUUUUAAUUGCAGAGACAAUUUAUUGUAUUGCGCUACACCAAGCAUGUGAUGCGAGGAGCCCGAAUCGACUCUACAUUUUUAUUUGAUAAAAACAUCCGCGCAAUUGAAAAAAACUAAAAAAUGUUUAACGCUUGUCUUAUACUGUAGGUGCUAAAACUUAAUCAUUAGACUAUUUCAAAAGAACUCCUGUCCUGUGAAAUCCCUCCUGGACCAAUGAUCUACUUAAUCUUAAUGAAUUAUAAAUUCAUUACGUAUAAAUACUACAAAAUUAUUUAUUUAUUCUUGUAAGUAAACAUAUUAAUUACAUCAUAAAAUAUAUUUUCUAUCUAAUUAUAGAUUCGUUAUUAGGUAGAUAGCUAUAAUAAACAUUAGGUAGAGAGGAAAAGUUAGCUUCGACAAACUCUGCCUAUAUCAUUCUAAGGCAUUAUGCCUACGUCGACUGUGACCUACGCACAGUGAAAUUAAAAUGUCUAAAAGCCUUUAAGUAAAAUAAAAGUCAUUUGUUGAAGCUUAAGCAUACGAACGUUCUAGAACGAACUAACGUUCCUUGCACUACUAAAUAAGUAAUAUAUUUAAGAUGGGUAGGUAGCUACGUCGUAGCAAUCUUAUGAAAAUGCUACGGCAAUUUCUACACAUUACAUUUUUAAGAACGCAAAAUUCUACGUAUAAUACAAAUCAUCGACUUCUAACUGCAUGUUUGCUAAAAUGUGAGUGAAUUUAUAAUCUGUGAACACAAAGUACAUUUAUUAGUCAUAAGGAAAAAGACGCGUGAUAAUUUUAUAUGUUGUUGGUACCUAUAUUUUGAUGAAAUUCCAAUGCUGGACUUUUUCUCUAUGGUUACAACUCCUUUAUGAUAGUUAAUUUUGUAGAUUUAUAAGAAUAUCUUAUAAACAGAUUAUUUCUCGUUACUCUAAGUGUAUGGAACAAAAUCUAAUUUGUUGUUCCAUUUCAUAAUUUCUCGGUUGUGCUUCACAUAUUGUUACCCAAGAGUGCACCUAUGUCAACAGGUUAUUUUUAUACUCUUACCCUACCUACAUCGAUUUUACUUUAAAAGCACAUUAUCUAUCUAGGCAACAUGCAUUUUAAGUGUUUCAUUCAAUUCCCAAAACAAAACAUUCCGAAAUAAAUCCUUAACAAUCUUUGCAUUUCUUAAUUUUUAAUUUAUAUCUACAUAACAGCCGUUCCCGGCACAUUGAACAACCUAAAGUAAGACGUAAAUAAAUUAAUUAAGAUGAAAAUAUAUUCAAUCGUCUAAUACAGUCCUUAUAUUAACAAGACUACUAUAAGGCAUUUGUUUUGCCUGAAAAUAGAUCGAUGUGCUUUUUGUUAAUUGUUACACAAUUUUCUUUGUAAAUACAUAAUUUCGUCAAAAUAAUAUUGGCGUAUUCC